AUGGAAAGCGUUUAAAAUUUGAGAGCUACCAGGCAUAAUAAUGAUUUAAUUCAGCACAUAGAGCUCAAGCCAGUUCUUACUAAAAAGGAUAUCAGAGAUGUUUUAUUUCAGAAAUAGGAUUAAUAGCAUUGGCAGAAGAUAGUAAACGCUAAGCCAGCUAUUGAAACAGAGGUUCACUUAUUCAUACCUAAGAAAAGCGUUAGACAAAAAAAGACUUUACUUCUCGAUGAAGGUCUAAAAGCAAUGAGAGAGGAUCAUAGAAUAAAGGUAGUUUAAAUCUUGGAAAGAGAUGGGAUGAUUAUAAAAGAAUUUAAGAUGAAAAUUAGACUGAUGAAUUAAAAGAGCCAUUUUGAUUGGGAGAAAGUUGAAAAGCAAAAUUAGAAGCAUGAUGAGCUAGUGAGUAUAAAUGAUAACACUUCAAUUCUUAACUCGAUUGAGAACAAGACUUAGUCUUUAGCAUCCAUCUAAAAUGAGCCUAAACCAACAAGAGGCUUUAAAAAUUUGAUGAUCUAGAAUGAUGAGAUAGAUAUUCUAGGGUCUAAAGAAAUGACUUAAGAUUUCUCUGAAAUUAUACAUAAAAACUAUGUAAAUGAUGAAUUACCUGAAUAAUUUAAAGCCCAAUUAAGCUAACUUAGAUCUAAAUCUAAUCUCGGACGAAAAGUAUCACCUAUGAAGCAAUUAGAGCUAUUGAUAAGAAGUAAAAAUAAUAACCGCUAUGAGAAUGCCAAAUCUAGAAAGAUUCUUUAUUAAAAUUACAGAUAUAUAAAUGGAAAGCAAUAUGAAAUAGAAAUGUCUAAAACAAAGCAUAAACUUGUGAUUAUAUGCAUGAAUCAAGAGAAUAAGAAAUCUCAGAUUAUUCAGCUAUUCUUGAAAUAAGCUUAAAGAAUUGUUGAACUUGCUACAUAGAAUAUGAAGACUAAAUUGGUGGGAUAUCAAAAAAUUUUGAAAUUUUUAGAUAAUAAGCACGGCAAGAUUUUAUUGGAUGUACCCAAAGAUUUACAAUUUUAUGAUGAAUAAUGA